CAAAAGUCCACAUAGUUUAAAGGCUGUGCAAAUAUUUCGUAGGCGUUAUCGCUGAUCAAGCGUUUUAAACUCAAAAUGGCGCUUUUGACAGGGUAUUUUAUUGCGGGAUUUUUUAUAAUUAAUGUCGCAAUUACCACUAUUCAGGGAGCAUCACCAUUAUACAAUUUCAACUCUGCAACAGUGAACGAAAUAAACCCAGGAGAGGUGGGUAAACACAUAGUCACAACUACUACACCCAUCAUCUAUGAAGGAAGAUCAUUCUCUUCAGCAAUAAUAACCAAGAAUGGCUUAGUAGCGUUCACGGAAGAUGUCCGACAGGUGAACUAUGCCACCCAGGACUGGAGCGAUUCAAAUGUCUCACCAUAUAUCGACAUUCCGUUCAUCGCACCAUACUACCAUAAUGGACAGAGUGUGCAGACACUUCCGGACUACACGGGGCAUAUUCGGUACCAGGAGUUCCAGUAUGGCACUCAAAAUCAGACACUGCGAGCCCUGGGUCGUUAUUGUAUUAGCCAGGUGGUUGGAACCAGCGAGUUUGUCCCCACUUGGGGAAUGAUUGUGACCUGGGUUAACGUCACAAGCACAGUCAUAAUCAAUGGCAAUAAACCAAAAUGCGAGGGGACGUUUUUACAACCUUGCCCGAUGAACACUUUCCAACUGGUGUUGCUCACUGAUGGCACCGAGUCUUAUUCGAUUCUGAACUAUGAUAAAAUGGCGAUGAAACCAUCGAAAUAUUCACAGGCCGGGUUUAAUGGUGGAUCAGGCAUGGGCUGGAUGGAUGUUUUGUCUCGCAGUGUAGGCUUGACUCACUUGAACCAUAACCAGAGCAGUGACACAAUGGGCAGAUAUGUGUUCAGAAUCUCUGACGGGAAUGUUGUGCGUGCCGGAUGUUCAACUGAGAACACCUAUAGUGGUUUGAGCAUCUACCCCCAGUUUGGUGGCAUGUUUGGGGGGAAGAUGAUCGAUGUCUCCGGCCCGUGUUUCCAGGCCAACCAGAGAUAUAGGUGCUACUUCGGAGAGAUCGUUGAUGACAUAUACAGUGAUGCGACGUACGUCAGCCAGACCAAGGUUCGAUGUCCCAUUCCUAAACUGUACCAAAGGGGCAGAAUCACACUCACACUGCAAACAUCUUCUAGAUCGUACAAUACAACCAUCACCAUUGUAUUUCCUGGCCGUAUCCCAAGCGAUGAACAUAUUGCCACAUCUGCCAGCAAGACAGACAUGGCGUGGUUAGACACCAGCCCCUCCAGCCUCACCCUCACCUGGCACCCGGAGAUGCUCAGUAACAACUCAUACGACAAGGUCGAUGUGAAUUUAAUUGGCUAUAAGGAGGAAGGUGGGAAGGGAAUGUACAUCUUUUUGACCACUCUUGGGACAGACAUUCAAGCCAGCCAGGGGACCUACACCAUUAACCCCCAAGAUCAUCAGUGUAUGGGGAGCUCGUGCCUGUAUGAAAUUGGGCUUCUAGAGGUCAAACUGAAGGACAAUGCUGUGCCCAUGAUGUACCAGUCACUGUCAAGCAAGGUUCUGCCUCUGGGUUGGUAUGUGCAGAACUCAAUGAAACAAAAGCAUGGAAACAGCUGGCCCACGGAAAUGUGUGUUAACUGGUACAAUCAGGAUAGAAAGGACAUGAGCUGGCUGGACAACCUGCCUUACUGCCCGUGCUCGCUGUCCCAAGCCCUCUCAGACUUUGGGCGCUUUCAGCCUGAUGUCGGGUGUAACCUCAACUCCCGCUCGCCCAAAAACUGUUUCUACCACGGGGCAGCCGUCCACUGUGUCCGGGCUGUACAACCUGUGAAUGGUGCGGGUAAUCAAUGCUGCUACAGUAGUGCCGGCCUCCUGGUUUAUGCCGCUGACACCUUCAAAGGGAGCACCCCUGACCGGGGCCAUGACUGGGGUGCAGCCCCCUACCGCUCGCAAGGGUACGUCCCCUCCUUGUCACAUUGGUUAGAUGACAUUAUCACGCUCCACUACUGCUGCGUAUGGACGGAAUAUAAGUCUUGCGAUUAUUACAUGGAUCAGAGGCCCACAAAGGAUUGUGCAGGAUACAACCCACCAGUACCUGUAAGUGCCUAUGGUCAGGGCCACAUUAGUACAUUCAGUGGUUUGAAGCACCGGAUACGAGGGCCAGGAGACUAUGUUCUGAUGCAAGCCGGAAACACCAUCAUCCAGGGACGGUUUGAGAGGAACCCUUAUCCCACUGAGAAUGGUCAGAAAAUCAACACAACUGUCACUUUAACUUCGGUGGCAGUCCAGGACGUGGGCACAUCGGACCGUGUGGAGAUCCAACUGUGUGGCCCCGAGUACAACCGCUCACAGAAGCGGCUGAAUGUUCAUGUGAACGGAGUCAAUGCAUGGUUUGAUAAUGGCCCCAUGUUCUGGCAAGACUUCAAAGGUCUUGCUGUUGUGAACUCUGACCACACCCGUAAUCUCCAGUCCAACUACACUGUCUUGCUGACCAAUGGAAUUGGGUUCCAGGUGGCUGAGGCUUCCAACACACUCCAGCUCUUGAUUUCUGUACCCCAUACCUUUGCCUCUGUCUCUGGGCUGUUUGGUGGUUUAAAUGCAAGCAUGUUCAUGCCAAACGGGACGGUGACAGAUGUGAGAAAGAUGUCACCACAGGAAAUACACACAUUCCAAGUGGCUUGGUCAGUGAAUGAUGAGAGGUCUAGCCUGUUCCAGAACUUCCUGCCAGCCAACAACUCCCUCCUAGGGCCAGUUGUCCUCUCCCCCACACCGCUGCCAAAUAUCGGCUCGGAAAACAUCUGCCAACAGGAUAAGGAGUGUGAUUUUGACUACAAGAUGACUGGAUCAAGGGCCAUUGCUCAGAGUACUCGAGAUGCUGUAGCGAGAUUUGACGCUCUCAGCCAGAACCUACAACCUAUUAGGUCAUGUGGUCUAUUGGAUGUGCCGCGGUCCAAGAAGAGCAACUACGGCUAUACGGUGGGAACCACAACAACCAUAACUGGCUGCAGGGUCGGGGAGUUGCAGGGAACCAGCACAUACACAUGCACUGCGACCUCCAACACCACGCAGCAGUGGAAACCCGCUGUAGAAGCUGUCUGUUCUAUAUCAGUUGAAGACGCUGAUAUAGGAUUGAUAGUGGGUGUUGUUGCUGCUGUGGUGGUGGUGGUGAUCGUAGCCAUCGUUGUUGUCGUCGUUACCAUAAAAAAGAGACGCAGUCAAAAAAAUAAGAAGAGUUCGGAGGAGGAGCAUGAGCCAGAUGAAAUUGAGCCGAUGAAUGAAUUCGACUAGAAACAAACAGACAUUUGGAACACUUUAGAAUAAAUUGAAAAUCUUUGAUUAUCAAAGUUAACCGAUUUGUUUAUUACUAUGUUGUUUGAUGGAGUUGAGUUUGUGUUAUGGCAGCAAUUUUAAAGUCGUUGCUCUUGUGAAGAUAACAAUUAAUAACAGUUUUUAAGAACCUUUGCACUUUUUCUAUAUCUUGUAGAACAUUUCAGUUGUAUCCAUGUACUGAAUUAAUGCCUGUAGAAGUUGAUAUUAUAGGGAAAUGCAUUAUUCACAUUUGCUCUGAUGUUUUGAAUCUUACAAUAAUCAUCAUUAUUGAAUUAUGUUAAUAACCUUUAAAAGUGUUUAAAAUCGGUUGCCCUUUUGCAUAAAAUAUUACUUAUUAGCAUGUAGAAUAUUAUUGUACACCGAUAUGUAUAUGUUGAGAUCCAAUAUAUAUCUGCUUGAGAAUAAAGGUGUCAAUAGUUUAUCAAUCAGUACUGUAAAACAUCAAAAUGUCUUAGUAGAAACUUGUAGAUUCAACAUUAAUGUCAUAGAUAACAAAUUACUAACUUAUACUUAUAUAAUAUAAUUUUGUCCACUCAUUUCAAGAGUCUGUUGCUGCCAUAUUUUCAUAAAUGUAUUUUAUAAUUAGAUUUUUCGACUUUUUAGGCAAACCAACAACUCUAACCACCGUUUGGAACAAAUUUAUAAUGGUAAUUUGAUAGCCUGACAAGCAUUUUGAGACAAAUUUCUCACAGUAUGUAAAAUAUUGCACAUUGUAAAAUAUAUAUCUUUGUAUGA